AUGGAGAAUGUUACUCAAAACCAACCUUCUUCAUUAACAUCUGGUGUUGGUGCAACUGAUGUUGCUGCCAAUGAAAUUCAUGUUGUUGGACUUCCUCCACUUGGAAAGAAGAGAAAACAAAAUGCUAAUGGUCCUAGGAAAUCCUCUCCUGCUUGGGACCAUUUUAUUAAAUUGCCUAAUGAAAUUGAAGCAGUAGCUGCUUGCAAACACUGUCAUAAGAAAUAUUUGUGUGAUCCAAAAACCCAUGGGACAUCUAACAUUCUUGCUCAUACAAAAGUAUCUACCAAGAUGCCACAAAAUGAUCCUACUCAAACGGCCCUCUCCUUUGCCGGUGGAGAGGGUGGUGGCUUGGUUGCCGCAAGCCAACGAUUUAAUUUGGCAGCUUGUAGGAAGGCUAUUGCUCUCUUUGUGAUCCUAGAUGAACAUGCUUUUAGGGUAGUUGAAGGGGAAGGCUUUAAGUUGUUAUGCAAACAAUUACAACCCCAAUUAACUAUUCCAUCAAGGAGAACUGUGGCGAGGGAUUGUUUUCAACUUUUUGUUGAUGAAAAAGCAAGAUUGAAAGGUUAUUUCAAAUCUGAUUGCAAUAGGGUAGCCUUAACCACUGAUUGUUGGACAUCCAUUCAGAAUCUUAGUUAUAUGACCCUAACUGCACACUUCAUUAACAAUGAUUGGAAGUAUGAAAAUAGGAUUCUAAGUUUUUGUUUAGUUCUUAAUCAUAAGGGUGAGACAAUUUGUAGAAAAGUUGAAGAGAUUUUAAGGGAAUGGGGAAUAAGGAAUGUGUCCACAAUCACUGUGGACAACGCAACAUCUAAUGAUGUAGCUGUUGCUUAUUUGAAGAAGAGGAUUGAUAAUAUGGGUGGUUUAAUGAGUGAUGGAUCUUUCUUUCAUCUUUGUUGUUGUGCACACAUUUUAAAUCUGGUGGUUCGUGAUGGUUUAAAACAGAAUGAUUUAUCCAUUUCUGCCAUUAGAAAUGCUGUUAGAUUUGUUAGGUCAUCACCCCAAAGAUCUACAAAGUUCAAAGAAUGUAUUGAGUUUGCUAGUAUUAAUUGCAAGAAACUUCUCUGUCUAGAUGUUCCGACAAGGUGGAACUCAUGUUAUUUGAUGCUAGAUGCUGCUGAAAAGUAUCAAGCAGCAUUUGAGAAAAUGGAAGGUGAAGAUUUUAGCUAUUUGGAAUUUUUUGGAUUAGUUGGCCCCCCUACUCUUAAUGAUUGGGAGAAUGUUAGGUGUCUAGUAAGUUUUUUCAAAAUUUUCUAUGAUGCUACUAUGGAAUUUUCUUCGUCAAAACAAGUAUCCCUUCAUAAGUCAUUCCACCAACUAGCUUCAAUACAUUGUGAGCUUAAAAGAUCAUCCAUGAACUUGAACACAAUUUUAGCCUCAAUGGGAUAUGAAAUGAAGAAGAAGUAUGACAAAUAUUGGGGGGAAAUUGAAAACAUCAACAAGUUUAUUUAUUUUGGCGUGAUUCUUGACCCUAGAUACAAGUUAGGAUAUGUAGAGUGGUGUUUUAAUGAUAUGUAUAAUGGCGAGUCGGUGCCUUUUACUAAUAUGAUUAAUGUGAUAAAAAAGGAGUUGUUUAAACUAUUCAAUUGGUACAAGGGUAUACAUGAAAAGCAACAUGGACCCUCUACUAGUCCUAAUGAGGGUGGUUCAUUUGGUGAUGGUGUUCCUAAUGUUGAAGUUCCAUCUCAUUUUGCAAGGGUUGAAGCUUUUAAAGAGCACCUUAAACAAAAAGAUUCAAUAGAUAAAAAAAUGAUCUUGAGAGGUAUCUAG